AUGGGACAAGGGAUAUCGAAAUUAAAAUUAAAAAGGAAAAAAAGUACAUUGAGUCAACUUUCAACGAAAUCUCGUCAAGGAUCAGAUACGGAUUUUAGUCUUCCUAUACAUGAAUGUACAAAAGCACGUUAUGAUAAUGCUAUAAGAGAUUUAUUUAAAUCGGAAUUUUCCGCUCCCGUUGAAGAAAUACUAACAUUGAAUGGAAAGAUAAUGGAGAUAGGGUAUGGAUCCUCAUCAUGGAUAAUUAACAUGGCCUACGAGUACCCGAAUUCAGAAUUCAUUGGGCUGUAUUUGAAACAAGAUCCAAUUAUCUCUCAAAAUAUGCCCAAAAAUUUAACGUUUAUAAGGGAUAAUUUAUGUUUAUCUUAUGAUGAUGAUGAAUUUGACUUUGUGAGAAUUGGAGAACUAAUAUACAGAUUAUCAGAAGUCGAAUUCGAAAUCAUUAUCAAUGAGAUGGUCAGAGUGACCAAACGGGGAGGUUGGAUAGAAAUCAGUGAACCUCGCUAUUUUCCGCCAAAACAUACAAAGCUUGAAAUAAUAUGUAAAUCUUUUACGGAAAUUAAUGAAUUACAAGGAAUCAACAUGAAUUUGUUUGAUAAAAUGCAAUUUAUGUUGCAUUCAACGAAUCAAUUACAAGAAAUUCAAGUUGAUAAUAAAGUACUAACUCUUGGGCCUAAAGGCGGCGAAUUAGGAAUUCGAUUUGUUGAAAUUUAUAUGACUUAUUAUAAAGAGAUUUAUGGUCAAGAUAUAGCCCUUCAUCUAGGCAUGCCUUAUGAAUAUGAAGAAUUUCAAUCCUUUUUGAAAGAUGUCGAAAAGGAAUUUUACACCUUAAAUGCUGAGAUAAGAUAUUAUAGGUUUUUUGUCACAAUGUCGCUUCUAACUCAACUUUCUCAUACCGCAUUUCGAUCUAUUCGACUUUCGUCAAAAUUACCACUACCUUCGUCAAUAUUGCUUAAUUCGUUUAAUUAUACUCGUGGAAUGAAAGUCAGGUCUUCGGUAAAAAGAUUUUGUGAUGGUUGUUUUACCGUGAAAAGACGUGGUAGAAUUUUUGUACUUUGUAAAAAGAAUAAGAAACAUAAGCAAAGACAAGGAUGA